AUGCGCAUCGAGCAGGACACUGACGAUGAUAAGGUGCACAUGAUCUCACUUUGUCCGAAGCAUCGUUCAGUCAAACAUUUCGAAACUGAUGAAGCCAACCGUGAUUUAAGCCAGGUAAUUGGAUCAGAUGAGGAAACGGAAGGACAAUGUAGCUCUGGACCAUUAGCAGAUCUGGAGCAAAUAUGCUACCAGUUUGUUGACUACAAGGAAAUCGCAACGAGGCUUUCACUCGAUCUUUUGUUUGUAUCGGAUGUAUACGAAUAUUGGAAGUGGAGGAGAUUAAACAACAAUGGUAGGCCUCUUAUUGACAAUCUGCAGGACGAGAUAACGAUAGAUGAGCCAGGUCAAAUACAGCUAGAACUGCCUGAUUACAAUGAAAUCAGCAAUAUCGACACGCAAGAACACGCCAAGAGGGGACGUGGGCGUCCCAGAAAAAUUAGCGUUGAAGACGAUGUUGACGUGACGCCGUCCUCAAGCUCAUAUGGCGCUAAAAAGAUGACAAAGACUGUCCGAUCGUGGGUCAGGCUGUGCAACUCUCUUCACAAG